AUGAAAGUAAGAUUAGAUCAUAAUAAGAGUAAAUAUUGUGAAGCUAUUGGGAUAGCAAUUGGAAUUCGAAAUGAUAAGACACGCACUAGUAUAGAUCUUCGAUACGAACAAUAUGGAGACAAGGAAAUAGAAUUAUUGGCAAAUGAAUUAUACAACAACAAAACAAUCACAGAAUUGAAUCUGUCGAAUAAUGAAAUAAGUGACAUUGGAACACAAUAUAUAGCUGAUAUGUUACGAAACAAUAUGACAAUCACUUCAAUUGAUCUUUCAAAAAAUCAAAUUGGAGAUAUUGGGGCUAAAUAUCUUCGUGAUGCCUUGCAAAACAAUAAAACACUUAUUAUGCUUAGUCUUGAAUCGCAUCAAAUUGGAGAUACUGGAGCAGAACAAUUGGCUGUCGCCUUGGAAAACAACGAAGUAACGAACUUUUUUUAGUCAUUUGACAUUGACUUAUGUUAAUUGUUAUACGUUAGAUACUCAAGGAAUUGAAACUUUUUAGCAACAAAAUCUCGAUCGAACUACAACGUCAUUUGAAGAGGAAAGAUAAAAGAUUCCGUUUUUCGCAAUAUUAGUAUGAUAAUUUUGAUUAAGAUUCGAAUUAAUGAUUAAUUGUUUUAUUCAAUUUUUAAUAAAAUAGAGAAAGAAAAUAACCAAAAUAUUGAUAUUAUAGAAUACUUUGAUGUUUUGUUUUUCUAAGAAGACUCAAUAGUUAGUUUUAAGGAAUUUCAUCUGCCGCAUUGCGUAUUUUACUCUACUAAUGUCAUUGUCAACUAUUGGAGAAGAAAAACAAAUUUUGAAAGUUAUUUAAUCGUAGUUCUAUCGCUGAUAUAACUAAGAUGAAUACUUUUGUAUCUGUGAAAGUUUUGUAAUAAUUAUUAUAUUAUUUUUAAAUAAUCCUUUCCGAUAUAAUAUAAUAUCAUGUUACAAAAAAGAAACUCAAAGUUAAUGAAUGUAAAACAGAAAAGAGGGUGGGUGUGGGUGCUAUGUUACUCUUGUACCCGCAUCCACCAUCAAUAUUCUUUGUAAUGUUAAUGUUUUUCUUCAAAAGAUUUGUUGAUAUAUUUAUAUAAUCUCUUUACUUAUCAUUGUUUUGUAAAAAUGUGCUGCACACCAGAGCUUUCUGUGUCUCUAAUCACUAGCACCGUCCUUAUAUAUGAAUAAGAAGAGGAUGAACAUAUUAUCUACUCAACAAGCAUUCACAAACAAAUCAAUACGGGUACGUGUAGAUAUGGUUGUCGGAGGUAAUUAGAAUAAAUACCCUCACCCACACUAUUUGCAAACGUGUUAGUUGAUUGCAUUCAAGAACAGUUCUCAGUUCUUUUUUCUUCCUUCAUGAGUAAUUAUGAAAUACUCUAUUCACAGAACGAAAAAGAAAAAAAAUGACUCAUACAUAUGUUAGCUUAUUUUCUUUUGAUUUUAAAUGUAUUGAUGGUAAUAAGAUCUAGACAGGAGUAUAGUGAUAUGUCAUUUAUCAGAAAAUUUUUUUUUCGAAGUUAAAUUAUUGCACAAAAGAAAGCAGAACAAUAAUAAAAUGCUACUGUGCGAGAGUUAUUCUUGCAGGAAAAUAGUCAUUCUGUAUAUAAGGUAUUGCAUAAUUAUGUUGUGGUAAAAAAAGGAAGUAAUGAUUAGCUCCUGGAUGGACUCGAACCAUCAAUCUUUCGGUUAGAGGCCGAUUGCGUUAACCAUUGCGCCACAAGAGCACACU